UGAACUUUGCUGCCCAGGCAGGCUUCAAAAUACAACCCUCAGAUUGCAUCUUCCUGAGUAGGAUUACAGGCAUGAGCCACCGGUGUCCAACUUUCCAAAACAUUUUAAGGAAAGCACAUUUAAAGUAUGUUGCUCAUUUACUUCUUUAUUCCCCUAGAAUUCUUUUGAAUAUAAUGCACCAUAGAGAUACAAUUUUGUUGUUCUACAUAUAGUAAAUUACAGCCCUGUUUCCUGAAUACACCAUUGUCUUGUUCGUUUGUAAUGACAACAAUUAGUAUUUAGAGCUUGCUCUGGGAAAGGGAAAGACAGUGUUUUGAGAGCUUUGCUUGUAUUUAAAUUCUUAGUUGUAUUUCUUGAAUAAAGGUUCUCUUCAUUUUCUUCAUUUUGUAUGAAUUUUCUUCAUCUACUUAGCAGUAUACAAAGUAUGUCUUCCACUAGGGUCAGCAAUUUUUUUUGUCCUUCCAGGAGUUGGGAUUAUUAUAAAAACAGAACCCUGCCUCCAUUGUACCUGGAGAAGUUAGACCCUGAAGUUAUACUUUUGCACUUCUCACCAGGGAUAUUACUUAUAGGUGUCUUUCAGGUUGCAGAAAAGAUGGAAAAAAGGACAUGUGCACUCUGCCCCAAAAAUGUUGAUUAUAGUGUCGUGUACUUUGCACAAUCAGAGAAUAUAGCUGCUCAUGAAAAUUGUUUGCUGUAUUCUUCAGCACUUGUGGAAUGUGAAGAUCAUGAAACAGUUAGUGAUGAUAGAAAUUUUGAUGUGGAAUCAGUAAAAAAAGAAAUCCAGAGAGGAAGAAAGUUGAAAUGCACGUUUUGUGGUAAAAGAGGAGCCACUGUGGGGUGUGAUUUAAAAUCCUGUGCCAAGAAUUACCACUUUUUCUGUGCCAAGAAGGAUGAUGCAUUUCCACAAGCUAAUGGAGCUCAAGGAACUUACAAGUUGUUUUGCCAACAACAUGCCCCCACACCAUCCACCAUCACCCAAGGUGCUGAUCAUUCAAGCGUAAAAAGAAAAAGAGGAAGGAAGAAACGUCUUUCAACAGGCAUUCAUGUACUGCCACCUGAGACAAUGAACAGAUUGGAAAGACAAAUGAGCGAAGAGCCCGGCAGCCACACAGAUGCACUCUCCAAAGUUCCUUUUCUGAAAAAAUGUAAGGAAGCAGGACUCCUUAAUGACUUAUUUGAAGAAAUACUGGACAAACUUCAUGUCAUUCAAGAAAAGCUCAUGGAUGAAACCACUUCUGAAUCAGACUAUGAAGAAAUUGGGACUUCACUUUUUGACUGUAGACUGUUUGAAGACACAUUUGUCAAUUUGCAAGCAGGAAAUCAUGCCAGUAAUGUUCACCAAGUGAUUUCUUGCAGCAAUGUAAUCGGGCAAUCUCAUAAACAGGAAAGAAGAUAUUAACAGUGCCAGGGACCUGACUUGUUGCAAGGAAUUACGUAGCCUCAGCCUCACUUUGUUUCAUUCACUCCUCACAGUAAUCUUAUAAGGAAACAAUAUUCCAUUCUCAGCAGAUGAGGAACAUGGCCCAGAGGUGAAAUGAAUGGCCAUGGUCAUACUGUAACAAGUGGCAUAGUCAGGAUUCAUAUUGCAGCUAUGAUUCUUGCAGAGAACAUAAGUUCUAGCCAUCAAUGACUACUUUCGUUUGACUAUCUUGUCUCAUAAAAACACACCAGCAAUUUUUUUGAAGUGCUUCAAAUAUAAAAUGUGCUUCCAAUGUGCUGGAAGCACAAUCCCUAAAAUGCUUCUACUUGAUGUGCCUGGUUAAACCUCCCAAAAUCACUUAUUCCUUCACUCUUCUAAUCACCAGUGGGAGGCAGGCCCAGGAAACCACGUGACCUCUGUCCUCAGGAAGCCUGUGGACAAUAUGACAUACAUCCUCUGGCUACAGAUGCUACCUAUGGCUUCCACUGUGGUCUGCAUUGUGGAAAUUGAACGUUUUAUGGCUAUACAUUUUAAAAAUAUAUUCUCAGAAUUCUAGAAUACUUUGACCAAUAAAAAUAUUGAAUUUAGGCCAGGCGCCAGUGGUUCAUGCCUGUAAUCCAAGCUACACAGGAAGCUGAGAUCUAAGAUCAUAGUUUGAAGCUAGCCUGGGCA